AUGGCCGGAGGCUUCCUGGGGAAGACUUUAGCCGCCGUGUCCCUCUCUGUCGCCCUGGCCUCUGUGACUGUCAAGUACUUGGGCGGGUGCAGCGUCGCGGCGUACAGAAACUCACUUUCAUCCUGCAGAUUUCAUGUUAAUUCGAACAUGAUGUCUGGUUUUAACGGUAUCAAACAUUCCCACAACAAGGCUCGGACAUCUCCUUAUCCAGGUUCAAAAGUUCAACGCAGCCAGGUUCCUAAUGAUAAAGUGGGCUGGUUUGUUGAGUGGCGUGACUAUAAUCCUGUGGAAUACACUGCAGUUUCUGUCCUGGCUGGACCUCGGUGGGCAGAUCCUCAGAUCAGUGAAAGCAACUUCUCUCCCAAGUUUAAUGAAAAGGAUGGGCAGGUUGAGAGAAAGAGCCAGAAUGGCCUGUAUGAGGUUGAAAACGGAAGACCUAGAAAUCCUGCAGGACGGACUGGACUGGUUGGCCGGGGGCUUUUGGGGCGAUGGGGCCCCAAUCAUGCUGCAGAUCCCAUCAUAACCAGGUGGAAAAGGGAUAGAAGUGGAAAUAAAAUCACCCAUCCCAUUUCUGGGAAAAACAUCUUACAGUUUGUUGCAAUAAAAAGGAAAGACUGUGGAGAAUGGGCAAUCCCAGGGGGGAUGGUGGAUCCAGGAGAGAAGAUUAGCGCCACGCUGAAAAGAGAGUUUGGUGAGGAAGCGCUCAACUCCUUACAGAAAUCCAGUGCUGAGAAGAGGGAGCUGCAGGACAAGCUGCACAGGCUCUUCAGCCAGGAACAUCUGGUGAUAUAUAAAGGUUAUGUUGAUGAUCCUCGAAACACUGAUAAUGCAUGGAUGGAGACAGAAGCUGUGAAUUACCAUGAUGAAACAGGUGAAAUAAUGGAUAACCUUACCUUAGAAGCUGGAGAUGAUGCUGGAAAGGUGAAAUGGAUGGACAUCAGCGAUAAACUCAAGCUUUAUGCUAGUCACGCUCAGUUCAUCAAGCUUGUGGCGGAGAAACGAGAUGCACACUGGAGUGAGGACUCUGAGACUGGCUGCCCUGGCUAA